GAAAGUAAUAAUACUAACUACCCACCUUCUAGCUAUUCUGAUAUAGUCAUAAUAGUAUGUAGGUGUUUAUUGCAUAUCCUACAUUGCUAUGAACAAAUAAAAGACAAUAGAGUGAUGAGUCAACGGAAGCGGUGAAAAUAAAUAAGCGAUAGUGCAUCAUGCUUGAACAAAAAUUUCAAAUUGUCCGCCUUUGGUGUAGGUUCUGGCGUUUACCCAGAAAUGUGUAUAGUGCCAUGUGCGUGUAAAAGUACCUAGUGUCGCUCGUUCCUGAGGGAUAUUUUGAGCUUCCAGCCUUUGAGCAAUUACGAAAACCAUUUCGGAACAGAGAUUCAACACCAGAAACGGAGUUACAUAGUGCGACAUUGUGCCAUUACUGAAUAUCUGAUCGAUAUUCUACGGGAAAUGAAUGAAAAUUACAACAUUGAGAAAAUCUCCAAGAUCCUCCGCGCCAUCUACCGUUGAUUCCCGGAAUUGCAACGUGUGGUCGUAAAUAUUAAUACACUCCGUGACCAACUAGAUGGAGAUUGGUGAACGAUUCAAGAAGUCAUGAUCGUCAUAUCUCAUAUUUAAAUAAUAUCGCUUGAUAAAGUAACGAAAAAUGAGUAAUUCAAAAGUGAAUUACUUUGAAAAUUGCCGUCAGAAGCUGCUGCGUCAUCUAGCCGUAACGGAUCGAGUGGAAGAAAUCUCCAAGCAGUUUUCCUCACUGUCAUCAAAUACAGAACGCGUGCGCUUUGUAUAUGACCUACUAGAUGGCGCGGAUCUGUUUCCCGCGUUUGCGGAGGAUUUGAAAAAUGAUGAUACUGCAAUGGAGUACAGAAAAAAGGGAAACGACAUGUUCAAAAUCAAGAAUAACCAAGCUGCUUUGGUAUUUUAUACGAAAUGUAUCGCUCAUGCUGAAGAAAACUCAGAAAGCUUAGCGAUAGCUUACGCUAAUCGCUCUGCGGUAUUAAUGGAAGGAGGAUACUUCAAAGAGUGUUUAGAGGAUAUCGCAAAUGCGCUGUCUAACAGCUAUCCAGAAAAGCUGAAGCCUAAACUACUUGGGCGUAAAGAAAAGUGCCAGGAAGUAAUUCAUUCACAAAAAACACCACUAUAUCACCAACGUAUACCACACAUCCCAGAAAAAAGUCGUAACAAACAUAUAACCUGCGCUUCAGAUUCUGUCAAAAUCAAAGACAGCGAUGACUUAGGCAAACAUGUUGUAGCUACAAAAGACAUACAGUUAGGUGACAUCAUUGCUAUCGAAGAACCAUUUUCUCAUAUUUUAGUAGGAGAAUACACUAGUCAUUGCAGAGGAUGUCUUCAGUUAUGUUUUAACUUGAUACCAUGUCAAAAUUGCACCAAAGCUUUGUAUUGUAGCAUCAGCUGUAAGGAUAAAGCUAGAAGUUACCAUCAGUAUGAAUGUAAGUUACUGAAGACGUUUGUUACAUUAGGAAUGGACAAAAUGAAAAUGUUGCCACUGAAAAUUGCCAUUACAGUUAAAGAUAUUCAUGAUAAAAUUCGGAAUACGGAUUUUAUGGAAAAUGGGGAAUACAGAUCUGACAGGUACCAAGAAAUUCACAAUCUAGUCGAUAAUCAAGACAAGAGAUCAAUGUCUGAUGUGUUUGGUAGAUGUAUCACAGCUUCGAUCAUAUACCACUUGAUGAAGUUAAUAAGUUUCUUUACUACCGAUGAUGAAGAAGAAACAUUUCUAUUAGUAUUGCUGAAGCAUUUACAGACUGCUCCGUGUAAUUUCCACCAGAUAUUUGAUUUUGUAGAGCGGAAAGGUACUGUAGAAAUAGGUGCUGGUGCUUAUUCCUUUUUAAGCAUGUUCAACCACAGCUGUUCUCCAAAUGUUGUCAGGCAGUGUUAUGGGUCGACAAAUGUAUUGAGAGCUAUUAGGAGUAUCCGAGCUGGGGAACAGUUGUUUGAUAACUAUGGAUACCAUUAUGCCGUAGAACCCAAGGAGUCUCGUCGCACUUCUUUGCGCGAGCAAUACUUCUUCGAAUGCUCCUGCGAGGCUUGUGAACAGGAUUGGCCUCUCUACUCUAGCCUUCCUGACCUGGGUGUUGAAGCUUUGGACUUUCUCAGUUUGGAGAGACUCACACGAGGAGAUGUUGGGUACGCUCAAGAAAUUCUUGAACAGGUCUUGGAAGCAGCUCGAAAGAUGGAAGAACCACAGCCUAACAAGCAGUUUGCUGAGCUACAAGAAGCUGCUAAGCAGUGUUUUCUGUUGAUUGGAAAUUUUGUGAAGGAUCCUAUAAUGCAAUAAAGAAGCUAACAUAGAUGAA